AUGGCAGGGCUGUUCAGGAAAGUGUACGACUGGCUGCUGAGGACUUUCUGGGCCACGGAAAUGGACGUGACGAUGAUCGGGCUUCAAAACGCGGGCAAAACGUCCCUUCUUCGGGUGCUCUCGGGCGCAGAGUUCACGAUCGACUCUAUACCGACAGUGGGCUUUAACAUGAAGCGAGUGCAACGAGGGCAUGUGACACUCAAGUGCUGGGACUUGGGUGGCCAACCCCGCUUCCGCCCAAUGUGGGAGAGAUAUUGCCGUGGUGUCAACGCCAUCGUCUUUAUCGUCGACAUUGCCGAUAUGGAUCUCCUUCCCAUGGCCCGGGAAGAGCUCCAUGCACUGAUGUGCAACCCAACGCUUGAAGGCAUCCCUCUUCUGGUGCUCGGAAAUAAGUCGGACCUUCCCGAUAAGCUCAGUGUUGACGAGUUGAUUGAUGCGAUGGAUCUGAAGAACAUUGCACACCGGGAGGUGUCAUGCUAUGGUAUAUCGGCGAAGGAGGAGACAAACCUGGAUGCCGUUAUCCAAUGGCUGAUGAAAUUCGCUCACAAGUGA